AUGUCCGAGGUUCGAAGCACACGGCAGCCCAGGCCCACUCGUCCUAUUCGGUCGGCGCGUGCCAGGAUAAAAACAUAUCACGAGGAUAGUUCUUCUACUGAGGAACCUGAGUCACCCCCCGAGCUCAACGCAUCUCGACCAUCAACACAGAAUGUAUCCCUUCGGCCACGAAAUAUUUCUGGUAAACGGCAGUUCUACCACGAGGAAUCUUCAAGCGAGAACUCCGGUCUUUUAUCAUCAAGCGAUGAAAAUCCAAGCAGGCAUAUCGACGAGCCCGUACAUGCAACAUCAAAUGGAAGGGGCACUUUAUCUACGUCUGCAGUGAGUGCAGCGAGUGCGACGAGUUCGACCGGGCGCGUUGUGGUCAACGACCCUCAUAGCGAGCACAGUCGGCCGUCCAGACCGACGCAGGCGAAGCGAAAUACGACCACAAAAAACAGGAGUAAAAUGAAAGUCACGCCAAAGUCUUCAAAGAAACGUGCGCGCGUGAUUGCAGACGACAUAGUGGACACAGCUUCGGGGGUAGUACCGCCAUGGUCGACUCUGCCCUAUCAUAUCUUGCUCGAUAUCUUUAUAAGAGCUUCACAUCCCCUUGUUGAUGAGCAGCUAAUGCAGCGAACCAAGUCAGCAAAGUGGCUUCUGGAAAUCGCACUUCUUUGCCGAAGUUUUCUGGAGCCUGCCCUCGCAGCUCUUUUGCAUUCGCCACCACUGGUUCCCACUUCAAAGAGUUUUGAGCUUCUGGAUCUCUUAUCAAGGCCGCAAGCGUCUACAGCGAUCAAUUACCCUACGAAGGUGAAGCAACUUCAUGUCGAUGCCGAAUCUGUGCUUCUUUACAAGGCCGGCCCGCAGCUCGGGUGGUUUGAGCUUUCGCAAUUGCUUGCUCGAGUGCCGCAAGUAAACACAGUGCGGCUUUUCCACAAAGACGAUUUUACCAUUGGUCUUCCCCAUUACAGCAUCAGAUUAUCAAAAUGGAACUACCCCGAAUCCUUGUUCUCCACAAUGGAUGAGAACGGUAUUGGUCUUCAUCAAUGGGACUGGAACGGUCGUUUCAUGGAAGACACCGAGCUAUUCCCCUUUAUGCUUGAGAAACACCAACGGGCAGCAUUUCAGCAGCUGCGUCAUCUCCGGCUGAUCCACAUCGGCAUCUCGUCUUUCACAGAUGCUGAGCAGACAAAUGCGACACUUGCAGAGGCAGUGGGCCAGCUCCAGCAUAUUGAGGAGUUAGAAUUGAUUGAAUGUCCCCUUGUCGACGGACGAUGUCUCUCACAAUUGCCGAAGACCCUCCAGUCUCUGACAAUCAUCAACUGUGAUUCUAUCUUCUCAUCAUCCAUAGAGGAUUUUCUGAAAUCAUGCGGACAGCAGUUGCGACAGUUAAAUCUUCGUCACAACCGCCAUCUUAAUUUGUCUUUUGUCACAAAUCUCGCAAAAUAUUGUCCCUCCCUCCAGCGAUUCAAGAUGGACAUUUCUAUGCACGACUGGUCGAGUUACCAUGAUAGCGAGCCUCACUUCAAGGAGCUUCUUGCUGAAGAUGAAACACCAACCUGGCCAGAGACUCUUCGAGAACUCGAGUUGAUCCAAAUGAAGAAACUUAGUGAUUCUACAGCUGAAUCCUUUUUCAUGUCCCUGGUUGAUGCCGCCCCCAAGAUGCCCGACUUGCGGCGCCUCACAAUCACAGCCAUCCUCAAGAUUGGCUGGAGAGAUCGAGCCAACUUUCGCGAAAAGUGGAUUCGCCAAGUGGAGGAUACCUUCAAACGUUGCAGCGAUCCCCCCAAUCCGAACUAUCGGUCGUUGCGAAAGCGCAAGAUCAAUCCAGCCCCGCCAGAAUCAGCCGCUGAACCGGCUCGACCCACUUCGGCCGGUAGUGGGCAUUCAGCGACAUCCAAGCGCCAGAGCACUCGCCUGGCUCGCCAGAAAGAUGCAGCGCCGUGUUCUCCCCAACCAUUGACCCACCAUCAUGUGCGCCAAGGGAUGUGCGACGUGGUGAAUAUCCGCAUCGACAAUCUACGGCCCAUGGAGACACAGUUCAACGAGGCGGACUUUCUCGAUGAUGAACUCAGUGGCGACGAAGACUGGGCAGGCGAUGAUUGGCAACCGGCCGAGCGACAUGCAUGGUAA